AUCGGCUAGAUGGUGCUAGAAAAGAAGAGUUCUUUGAUUGGAUUACAGAUAAAGUGAAAUUUCCUGACGGAUAUGCAUCAAAUUUGGGAAACUGCGUUGAUAUAAGCGAAGAAAAGUUUACUGGCUUGAAGAGUCAUGAUUGUCAUGUAAUUAUGCAGCGCCUCCUUCCGUUUGCUUUUUCAGCAUUAUUGCCACGUAAUGUUCAUGAAGCAAUUGCAGGGAUUAGUGUUUUCUUCCGCGACUUAUGCAGCAGAGUAGUGACUGAAGAGGGUAUUAAUAAUUUGAAGACAAACGCACCAGUCAGCAUGUGCAACCUUGAGAAGAUAUUUCCUCCAUCAUUCUUUGAUGUAAUGGAACAUCUUGCUAUUCAUCUCGCAAGAGAAUUGGAACUUGGUGGUCCUGUGCAGUACAGAUGGAUGUAUAUUUUUGAGCGUUAUAUGCAUCAUCUGAAGAAGAUGGUCAAAAAUCAAAGCAGGGUGGAAGGAUCUAUAGUGCCACAGGUGAUCAAUGAAGAAACUGCAAUCUUUGCUGAAAAUUAUUUUCCACCAGAAGUGCAAAAAAAACACCGAAGACCUGCUCGCAUGUUCAAGGAAAUAGGACGACUUAGUGGAAGCCCAAACCGGAAGGGUAGAGAGUUCAGUGAUUUUGAAAGAGUCUUCUGGAGUCCACGGCAAGACGAAGAGCAAGCAAUCGUCAAUAUGCCAAACCCCUCGCUGUAUUACCCAAUGGCGAGUAGGUUCGUGUGGAAUAUGAAACAUGUAGGAUGA